GUGCCUAUUAUGUAUGAAGAUACAGGAAUUAAACUUUCAAAUGAUCACUUCUUUUGUUAAGUAAGACUUAAAGAUCAAAAGUGAUUCAGAUUUUCAAAUGAUUGAUACAUGUAAUUAGCAUAUUAGUUAUUAACGUUUAAGAUACGCCAUAGGUGUGAACCGGGCUUUGUGUGCUUUAUCUUCCAUUUGAGAUAAAAACUGGAUAAAAACAAAGACAAUUGAAAAACAACAUAAAUGCUGCGCAUUUUGGAAAAUACAAUACACUGGAUAUGAAAUGUUUAUACUAUAUGGGAAUUAUUUUAUUCAGUUGCAAGUUCUUGUAACUGCGAAUGUAAAUACGUAAUAAGUAAAGGCAUUUCUUUAUUUUGUCUGUAUUCAAAUGAAAAAAGAAUACAGACAAUUUUUAUGAGAUAUGGAACAAAAUGUACUGCUGGAUAACGCUUCCACAGAAUUGCAUAGUAUAAAAGGAAUGGCACAGAAGAAUGUUGCAGAAAAAGUUUUGCAUCAAAAACUUCAAAACCAGAUUGAUAAACAAAAGAAAGCAUUCGUAAAGCAGCACUCAAAGGAUGAAAACGAACUUAAAUUAAUUCUACAGAGAUUACAACUUGAGCAACAACUAAUUGAUACUGAUGUCAAUGAUUUAUCAGAUGGAGAUGAAAAAGAUGAAAAAUCGUCAGAGUCGAGCAAUGAAGACGACUUCAUAUCCAACCCUUACCCUGUCAUGAUAAUGCCAAAGUUCAGCCAGCUACCGGCCAAACAAGAUAAACACAAAAUAACAGGUUCAAAACAGUGCUUCAAAAUGCCGAGGAGGAAAUCUUUAGAAUACGAAGAUGUUGAUAAAAUCAAGUCAUCUACAUCCGGCAUACGUACAACACUGCUUGCGGCAUCAUUCAUAUCUAAACUGCGUUCUUCUCAGCACAAGAGACAAAAUGAUGUCGGAGACGAUAACUAUUGUGACCAAUGGGAAUCAACUUCAUCGAUCCGUCGACCCCGAAAAACAAUCGCAGAACAAAAUCAGCAUAAGCUAUUGCAAAGAGCGAAAAGUGAAAUUCUCUGCCGACCUAGUUCUGGUCUUUCUUUAUCUGUAUCUUCAAUGCAGUCACCCAGACGAAUCGAUUCAUCAAGACAUGGUCCGAUAUCGUGUAAAAAGGACGUAACCAAUUUCGGCAAUCUGCAGUACGAAGGUACAGUUGAAGAUGACAACAUAUCACCGUGUGCUAUUGGACAACAUAAACAUAGAAGAGGUGGGUCAUUAAAAGAAAGAAAAAUAGUUAAGACGGAUCUGGAUUCUUUCAAAAUGAGACGGAGUAAUUCGUCCAAAGAAAAGAGGAAAACUGUUCGUCCAGAGAAAAGUGACGAAAAAUGCAACGAAAAGACUAAAGUACAUCCAGAGAAACACAUAUCAUCGAGUCCACCGAAGGUUAAAGAACCUCUAUCAGAAAAAAUACUUUUAGAAGAUGAAAGAAAAACAAUAUUGAAAAAUAAACAUAACAGACAUGGAUCUUUGAAAGAAAGGGGAGAACUAAAAGCGUCAAAGUGUGGAGGAACAAGGAACAUUUCUAAUGUCCGAGUAGUAUCCGAAACCUUUCAUAGCACGAAGAAGAAAUUUAGAAAGCAGAAAUCUCUUUCUACAGAUUCUUCACCAAUACACUCUACAGAGACUAGUCCAACAUCAAAAGAAAACGAAAAACAGUUCAGGUUCUGACUAUUUGUGUAUGAUUCUUAUAAUGGUCUCAUAUCUUAUAAUGUCUUUAUGUCUUAAAAAUAUAAGCAUGUGCCUUUUGUAAAUCAUGAAUAGUUGACAUUUGUAAAACACUUAGCCUGAUAACGAUGUCAUAUUUUAUGAUCGCGGCUGUAAACCAUAUUGUAUUAUAAUUUAAUCAGUCCAAGGUUAAUGCAACCUAAGCAACUUAUGAGACCUUUAUUGCAUUCAAUUUAUGAAGUCACUGUAAGUCCAAUAAAUAUAUUAUAUGUGAUAAUUGAUUUAUCUCACUUGUAUGAAACACACCUUGCUGUGUUUACCAUAGUCCUAAAUGUUGAUUUCGUUGAAACGGAUGAAGAGUGAAUUUCAACGAUUUUUUUAUUUACCCGAGAAAGUGCAUCUUAACAUAUAUUUAUAAUUCUUUUGUAACGAAA